AUGUCGAUUUGGAGAGCCACAGCUGCUUCGCCUGCUGCAAUCAUCAGUUCUGCCCCUCGAUACACAAAUUCCCCAUUGACUCACAAUUUCCAUAUCCUCACGCCUGCAAGGUCUAUUCGAUUACUUUGGUCUCUUACGCCGACAACACCGGACCAAAUAUCGAAUCGGUGUCGCGCAGAAGGACCUCGUCGACAAAACUACAGGCGUCCAUACUCACCUGCACUGGGGCGAGUGCAGUGGCACACGACAGUCAGAAUGGCUUCAACGACAGCAGACAAGCCUCACAAAUGGAGUGCUCCUGUCGUGAGAGACACCUUCCUCAAGUAUUUUGAGGAUCGAGGUCAUACAUUUGUGAAAUCUUCUCCUGUAGUACCACUAUCGGAUCCAACCCUACUUUUCACAAAUGCCGGUAUGAACCAAUUCAAGCCGAUAUUCCUCGGUACCGUCGAUCCUACGAGCAAAGAGGGCCAAUACAAGCGUGCGGUCAACUCUCAAAAAUGCAUACGUGCGGGCGGCAAGCACAAUGAUCUCGACGAUGUCGGCAAGGACAGCUACCACCACACUUUCUUCGAGAUGUUGGGCAACUGGUCCUUUGGUGACUAUUUCAAGAAGGAAGCUAUCACAUAUUCGUGGGAGCUACUCACACAGGUCUUCGGUCUUGAACCCGACAGACUGUACGUCACGUACUUCGAAGGCGACGAAGCUGGCGGACUGGAACCGGAUCUUGAGGCGAAGGAGAUUUGGAAGAGCGUUGGUGUCGCCGAGGAUCACAUUUUGCCCGGGAACAUGAAAGACAACUUCUGGGAAAUGGGCGAGCAGGGCCCAUGCGGUCCCUGCUCGGAAAUCCACUACGAUCGAAUCGGGGGACGAAAUGCAGCACACUUGGUCAACCAGGAUGACCCCAAUGUGUUGGAAAUCUGGAACAACGUGUUCAUCCAAUACAAUAGAGAGCCAGAUAAGAGCUUGCGAUCGUUACCGAACAAGCAUGUCGACACGGGUAUGGGCUUUGAGAGAUUGGUUAGUGUCUUGCAGAACAAGAUGUCAAAUUACGACACGGAUGUCUUCACCCCGAUAUUCGCACGGAUUCAGGAAGUCACUGGCGCCAGGCCAUAUUCUGGUAAGUUUGGCGAAGAGGACAAGGAUGGUAUUGAUACUGCAUAUCGGGUUGUUGCCGACCAUGUGCGCACCCUGACCUUCGCCAUCAGCGACGGUGGUAUUCCCAACAACGAAGGGCGAGGUUAUGUUGUGCGACGUGUAUUACGUCGUGGUGCGCGAUAUGCCCGGAAAUACUUCAAUGUCGAAAUUGGCGACUUUUUUGCUAAGCUCGUGCCGAGUCUGGUGGAACAGAUGGGUGGCAUGUUCAAGGAAAUCGUCGCAAAGGAAGACGAAGUCAAAGAAAUUCUCAACGAGGAAGAAUUGUCAUUCGCAAAAACUCUCGAUCGAGGAGAACGGCAAUUCGAGACGUACGCUCAAAAGAGUCAGGGUCAGGGGUUGAAGAGUCUCCACGGUGCUGAUGUAUGGCGUCUUUACGACACCUUUGGCUUCCCUGUGGAUCUCACUCGACUGAUGGCAGAAGAGAGGAAUCUUUCUAUCGACGACAACGAGUUUGAGGCAGCGAGAUUGCGUGCGAAAGAAGCCAGCAAGGGCGAGAAAAAGGCUGCUCUAGAUCUUCUUAAGCUGGAUGUUCACGACCUCGGCGAACUCGAAAAGAUGCCCGGUGUUACGAAGACGGACGACAGUGCGAAAUACGGGCUCGAGAACGUCACUGGUACCAUUCAGGCAAUUUACCAUGCAAAGAAAUUCCACCCUGACACGCAAUCUAUUCCCGAAGGCGAGCAGAUUGGUAUCAUCCUCGACAAGACAUGCUUUUAUGCCGAACAAGGUGGUCAAGAAUACGACACUGGUCGCAUCGUCAUCGAUGGCCAGGCCGAACUCGAGGUCGAAAAUGUGCAACUGUAUGCUGGUUAUGUAUUACAUACUGGCUAUAUGAAGUACGGCCACUUCUCGGUCGGACAUAAAGCCAUCUGUGAAUAUGACGAGCUGAGACGAUGGCCUAUCCGAAACAACCACACAGGCACGCAUAUUCUCAACUUUGCUCUGCGGGAAGUUCUUGGUGACGGUAUUGAUCAAAGAGGAUCUCUUGUCGCGCAAGAGAAACUUCGGUUCGAUUUCAGUCACAAGUCUGGCAUUUCAGACGCAGACUUGCAAAAGGUUGAAGAUCUUUCCACGGAGUAUAUCCGACAGAAUUGUCCUGUCUAUGCCAAGGACGUACCUCUAGUCGUUGCACGAGAGAUCUCUGGCGUCAGAGCAGUGUUUGGAGAGACCUACCCGGAUCCCGUACGGGUAGUUUCUGUCGGUGUAGAGGUUGAUGAUAUCCUGAAGAAUGUCAAAGAUGAGCGAUGGAAGACUGUCAGCAUCGAGUUCUGUGGUGGCACACACGUCAAGGCCACUGCUGAUAUCAAGGAUCUGGUCAUUCUUGAGGAGAGUGGUAUCGCUAAGGGCAUUCGACGUAUCAUUGCGGUUACGGGUGAGGACGCAUAUGAAGUCCAGCGCGUUGCCAAGGAAUUUUCCGAGAGACUGAAGAAACUCGAAGAGAUGCCUUUUGGUGCUCAGAAAGAGCAAGAGGCGAAAGCCCUUCAAAUUGAACUCAACACCUUGUCGAUAUCGGCCGUCAAAAAAUCUCAGCUCCGAGAGCGAAUGAACAAAGUCGCCAAAGAGAUUCUCGAUCAACAGAAGAAGAUGCAGAAAGAGGAACUGAAGAAAGCAACCGACACAAUCACGGAGUACUUUGAGAAGAACAAGCACGCCAAGGCAGCCGUUCUGAGGUUACCGGUCGGCGGAAAUCCCAAGCUUGUGCCAGAUGUGGUGAAACAUGUGCAAACCAAGUUGAAAGACAAGAGCGUCUACAUUGUCGUUGCAGAUGCAUCCGAACCUGAUGGAAAGGUGUUUCAUGGAUGCUUUGUCAGUCCAGAUGGUGUCAAAGCCGGAAUUACCUCUGCAGACUGGUCCAGUGAAGUGUCGAAACUUGUCGGCGGCAAAGCUGGCGGAAAAGCACCUACUGCUAUUGGUACUGGUACUGAUCAGGGCAAGGUCGACGAUGCCAUCGAAGCAGCACGGCAAUACCUGGAGAAGUUCACUCUGUGA